UCCAGCUGAGGAGUCGGUCAGCCCCUCCGCAGCCGCUGCUAGCCUUUGGCUCCAACCCACACUCCCGGCUCGGUCCCUCGAGUCCGCGUUGCCCACGCGGCCGUCGCGAGGCGGCUCCCUGCAUUCCCGCGCGGGUCCCGGGCGAUGGCUGCGCUGGGGUCGGAGCGCAGGGUCCUCAGCCUCGGGCACCGCCCGCUCCACUUCCUCCUCGUAUUUCAGCUGGUCGCUGGGCGCUGGGGUCCGGAGGGCGCGGCAGGCGGCGUGCCCGGAGGAUUAGCUGAACCAUCCUUUGUUGCCAAACAUGAAGAUAGUUUGUUUAAGGAUUUAUUUCAAGACUACGAGAGAUGGGUUCGUCCAGUGGAACACCUGAAUGACAAAAUAAAAAUAAAGUUUGGCCUUGCAAUAUCUCAAUUAGUGGAUGUGGAUGAGAAAAAUCAGUUAAUGACAACCAAUGUCUGGUUGAAGCAGGAAUGGAUAGAUGUAAAAUUGAGAUGGAACCCUGAUGACUACAGUGGAAUAAAAGUUAUACGAGUCCCUUCAGACUCUCUCUGGACUCCAGACAUUGUUUUGUUUGAUAAUGCAGAUGGACGUUUUGAAGGGGCCAGUACAAAAACUGUCGUCAGGUACGAUGGCACUGUUACCUGGACUCCACCGGCAAACUACAAAAGUUCCUGUACCAUUGAUGUCACGUUUUUCCCAUUUGAUCUCCAAAACUGUUCCAUGAAAUUUGGUUCUUGGACUUACGAUGGAUCACAGGUUGAUAUAAUUUUGGAGGAUCAAGAUGUGGACAAGAGAGAUUUUUUUGAUAAUGGAGAAUGGGAAAUUGUGAGCGCAACAGGAAGCAAAGGAAACAGAACCGACAGCUGUUGCUGGUAUCCUUACAUCACUUACUCAUUUGUAAUUAAGCGUCUGCCUCUCUUUUAUACCUUGUUCCUUAUUAUACCCUGUAUUGGGCUCUCAUUUUUAACCAUACUUGUCUUCUAUCUUCCUUCAAAUGAAGGUGAAAAGAUUUGUCUCUGCACUUCAGUACUCGUGUCUCUGACUGUCUUCCUUCUUGUUAUUGAAGAGAUCAUACCCUCAUCUUCCAAAGUCAUACCUCUAAUUGGAGAAUACCUGGUGUUUACCAUGAUCUUUGUGACACUAUCCAUCAUGGUCACUGUCUUUGCUAUCAACAUCCAUCACCGUUCUUCCUCAACACAUAACGCUAUGGCUCCGUGGGUCCGCAAGAUAUUUCUUCAGAAGCUUCCAACACUGCUUUGCAUGCGAAGUCAUGUAGAUAGGUGCUUCAGUCAGAAGGAGGAAACUGAGAGCAGCCGUGGGCCAAAAUCUAGAAACACACUGGAAGCUGCACUUGAUUCCAUUCGCUACAUCACAAGACACGUCAUGAAGGAGAAUGAUGUCCGUGAGGUUGUUGAAGAUUGGAAAUUCAUAGCCCAGGUUCUUGAUCGGAUGUUUCUGUGGACUUUUCUUCUGGUUUCAAUUGUUGGAUCUCUUGGGCUUUUUGUUCCAGUUAUCUAUAAAUGGGCAAAUAUAAUAGUACCAAUUCAUAUUGGAAAUGCAAAUAAGUGACACUUCCCUAGGGGCUGUAGUAGGAAUUUAGUUAAAAGGCACAUAAUUCUUAUGGCACCUAUAAAAUUAUGAAAAUGUAAAUUGUGUUUAAAAUUUGAUGCAAGCUUCAACAGAUUAACAGAUACUAACAUCAGUUUAUCUCAAUAGACUGCCCAUUAGAACAUCUACCUGCAUGACUGAAGUAAUAACUGGCUGAAUAACAUUUGAUCUUUUAAAAAUAGCAGCACAAAAUAUUAUCUAAACUGUACUAGUAAAAAUCUAAUGUUUGUAUCCUGUCAAUUAAUUCUGCUUUGUAAUCAACAGUUAAGUUCAUCUUUUGACUGUGCUGGGAAAUUCCUGUUGUAUUUGAAGACUGAUUUCAUUUAGUAAAG